AUGUCAACACAAAGAAUCGACCUAAGCAAAUUGGGACCCGAACAACUAGCUGCUGUCAAGCAGCAAUUUGAUCAAGAGCUACAGCAUUUCGGUCAAUCUUUGCAAGCUCUAACGAUGGCAAGAAGCAAGUUCGCGGAAUGUAUUGAGGAUAUUAAGUCGAUCUCUGCGCCAGAGAACACCAACCAAAAGGUGCUAGUGCCAGCUUCAGCUUCACUAUACCUGCCUGGCAAAAUAGUUGAUAACGACAAGUUUAUGGUGGACAUCGGGACGGGCUAUUAUGUCGAUAAGAGUGCUGGGGAGGCAAUCGCCUUCUAUGAGAAGAAAGUGGCCAAGUUGAACAAAGAGGCCGUGCAAAUACAAAACAUUAUCAAGGAGAAAAGUCAGCAUUCGCUGGCUAUCGAAAGUAAGAUAAGAGACGCCAGUCUACGUCGCCACGAAGAGAUGGUAAACCAACAGAAGGCUGCUACAGCUACUAAAUAG